AGGGAGACAGAGCUCCUUCUUCCCUAAUUUCUCUCACCCGAAAAAAUGUCAACUUCUGAUGAACUCGACUCCUAUCCACAUGUUGCUCUCCUCCCAAGCUCUGGUAUGGGACAUCUAAUGCCCUUUCUUCGACUAGCUGCAACACUUGUUCAAAAUCAUUGCCGUGUCACUUUAAUCUCCCCUUGUCCUACUGUCUCAGUUGCAGAAUCUCGAGCUAUCUCUAGUCUCUUUUCUACUUUUCCUCAGAUCACGGAAAAACAGUUUCAUCUCCUUCCUUUUGAUCCUUCUUCAGCCAAUUCUGUUGACCCUUUUUUCCUCCAGUGGGAAGCUAUUCGUCGUUCAGCUCACCUUCUCACUCCUCUCCUCUCUUCUCUGUCUCCUGCUCUCUCUGCUUUUGUCACAGAUGUUAGUUUGACUUCCUCUGUUGUUCCAGUUACUGUAAACUUGGGUCUACCAAACUAUAUUUUCUUCACCUCAUCAGCCAGAAUGUAUUCUCUCUUCGAGUCUUUCCCACCUUUUGUUGCAUCCAAAACCAGUUCUGAUUCUGUUCAGUUGGACGAAGUUAUUGAAAUCCCAGGCCUUUCUCCAAUACCCGUUUCUUCAAUCCCUCCAGUACUUCUAAAUUUAAAUCAUCUCUUUACUACUAUGCUCAUACAAAACAGUCAGAGCUUCAUAAAAUCAAAUGGGAUUUUAAUUAACACAUUUGAAGCACUAGAAGCCGACAUGCUACAUGGGAUUAAUGGCAAAAGAGCUGCAGAUGGGCUUCCACCCUUCUAUAGCAUUGGACCACUUUUGCCAUGCGAGUUUGAGAAAAUAGAGUGCAGUGCGCCUGUGAACUGGCUUGAUGACCAACCAGAGGGGUCGGUCGUGUAUGUUAGUUUUGGCAGUAGGUCCGCCUUGUCAAGUGAACAAAUAAAGGAGCUUGGAGAUGGGUUAGUAAGGAGUGGGUGUAGAUUUCUUUGGGUGGUGAAAUGUAAGAAAGUCGACAAGGAGGAUGAAGAAAGUUUGGAUGAGUUGCUUGGUCAAGAGCUUUUCGAGAAAAUAAAAAAGCAUGGAUUUGUUAUUAAGAAUUGGGUUAAUCAACAAGAGAUAUUGGGUCACAGAGCUGUUGGUGGGUUUGUUACUCAUGGUGGGUGGAACUCAUUGGUGGAGGCUUUCUGGCAUGGAGUGCCAAUGUUAGUAUGGCCACAGUUUGGGGAUCAGAAGAUCAAUGCAGAAGUAAUUGAAAGAAGUGGGUUGGGAAUGUGGGUCAAGAGCUGGGGCUGGGGUACACAGGUCCUGGUGAAAGGAGAGGAGAUCGUAGAGAGAAUUAAGGAUUUGAUGGGAAACGACCCGUUGAGAGUGCAAGCCAAAAUUUUUAGAGAAGGGGCAAAAAAAGAUAUUGCAGUUGGUGGGAGUUCUGAGAGGAUCUUGAAGGAGUUCAUAGAGGAUUGGAAGAAGAACAGUAGCACAGUUUGAUGGUUAAUUCAAGGCUGCAUGUUUUCACAUUUUGACCAGCACCCAGCACCCAGCUUUCUGUUUAAUUUGUUGUUCUUCUAGUUUAAUUGAAGGCGCGCAACCUAGAAUUUUGGUUUGAUAUGCAA